GAGGAGCUCUUGGGGAAAGGGGCGGGGCGAGGCGAGGCGAGGCGAGGCAACUCGGCUCGGGCGCCUGGAGCGUGAGCCUGCAGCCUCGUUGUGGUCAGUCUGGCACCCAGCGGCAGCCGCAACUGCAGCGUUAGCGUUUACCCGCUUCUCGGGUGUCUCCGGCGCUUCUCCCCCACCCCCGGCCCGCCUGCGAGCGGCGCCGGCGGCCACGCCUAAAAUGACUAAUGUGUGAUCUCAGUGGAAUAAAUGGCGUCCAAAGUGACAGAUGCUAUAGUCUGGUAUCAAAAGAAGAUUGGAGCAUAUGAUCAACAAAUAUGGGAAAAAUCUGUAGAACAAAGAGAAAUCAAGGGGUUAAGGAAUAAACCAAAGAAAACAGCACAUGUGAAGCCUGACCUCAUAGAUGUUGACCUUGUAAGAGGAUCUGCAUUUGCUAAGGCAAAACCUGAAAGUCCUUGGACUUCUCUAACAAGAAAGGGAAUUGUUCGAGUUGUAUUUUUCCCCUUUUUCUUCAGGUGGUGGUUACAAGUAACUUCAAAGGUUAUCUUUUUUUGGCUACUUGUUCUUUACCUCCUUCAAGUUGCCGCAAUAGUAUUAUUCUGUUCAGCGCCAGGCCCACAUAGUAUACCUCUGACUGAAGUAAUUGGGCCAGUAUGGCUAAUGUUGCUACUAGGAACUGUACAUUGCCAGAUUGUUUCAACCAGAACCCCUAAGCCUAUGCUUAGCAGUGGGGGCAAAAGAAGAAGGAAAUUAAGAAAAGCAGCACAUUUGGAAGUACAUAGGGAAGGAGAUGGCUCUAGUACUACAGAUAAUACACAGGAAGGAACAGUGCAGAACCACGGUACCAGCACUUCUUACAGUAUUGGCGCUGUCUUCAGAGAACUCUGGCAUGCUGCUUUCUUUUUAUCAGGGUCAAAGAAAACAAAAAAUUCAAUUGAUAAAUCAACAGAAACUGAUAAUGGUUAUGUAUCUCUGGAAGGGAAAAAGACAUUUAAAAGCAAUGAGGAUGGAAUACAAAGUCACGAACCUCACUGUGAAGUCAUUAAGUCAGAAGAGACUGGCUGGAGCACAGGAACAGUCAGGAAUACACUUAAUAAUCAGCACAAAGACAACCAAAGGAUAAUCACAAAUGUCUCAGAUGAAGUAUCCAGUGAGGAAGGUCUGGAAACAGGAUACCCAUUGCGUCGCCAUGUAGACAGAGCCUCUGAAAAUAUACUUCGAAAUAGGAAGUCACAUCAUUAUAAGAAACAUUAUUCUACAGAGGAUGCCCCUAAAUCGGGUACUAGUUGCAGCUCUCGCUGUUCAAGUUCCAGACAAGAUUCUGAGAGUACAAGGCCAGAAUCAGAAACAGAAGAUGUAUUAUGGGAAGACUUGUUACAUUGUGCAGAAUGCCGUUCAUCUUGCACCAGUGAGACAGAUGUGGAAAACCCUCAAGUUAAUCCAUUUAUGAAAAAGGAAUAUAGAGACGACCCUUUUCAUCAGAGUCAUUUGCCCUGGCUCCAUAGCUCCAACCCAGGAUUAGAAAAAGUCAGUGCAAUUGUAUGGGAAGGUAAUGACUGCAAGAAAGCUGAAAUGUCUGUGCUCGAAAUCAGUGGAAUGAUAAUGAACCGAGUCAAUAGCUACAUACCAGGCAUAGGAUACCAGAUUUUUGCAAAUGUAAUUUCCCUUGUCCUGGGGUUCACUCCAUUUGUUUUCCGACUUUCCCAAGCUACAGACUUGGAACAGCUCACAGCAUAUUCUGCUUCAGAACUUUAUAUCAUUGCAUUUGGUUCUAAUGAAGACAUCUUGGUUCUUUCUAUGGUUUUAAUAAGUUUUGUGGUUCGUGUAUCUCUUGUGUGGAUUUUCUUCUUUUUACUCUGUGUAGCAGAAAGAACUUACAAACAGAGACUACUUUUUGCAAAACUCUUUGGACAUUUAACAUCUGCUAGGAGGGCUCGAAAAUCAGAAGUUCCCCAUUUCCGAUUGAAGAAAGUACAGAAUAUAAAAAUGUGGCUAUCUCUUCGUUCCUAUCUUAAGCGUCGGGGUCCUCAAAGAUCAGUUGAUGUAAUAGUUUCAUCUGCAUUCUUGUUGACUAUUUCAGUUGUGUUUAUAUGCUGUGCCCAGUUGCUUCAUGUGCAUGAGAUCUUCCUUGAUUGUCACUACAACUGGGAACUGGUAAUCUGGUGUAUCUCUUUAACACUUUUUCUUCUAAGAUUUGUUACUCUUGGAUCUGAAACAAGCAAAAAAUAUAGCAAUACCUCAAUAUUACUUACUGAACAGAUAAACCUGUACUUGAAAAUGGAGAAGAAACCUAAUAAAAAGGAGGAACUGACACUAGUGAAUAAUGUUUUAAAACUUGCUACUAAAUUAUUGAAGGAAUUGGACAGUCCUUUCAGGUUAUAUGGACUUACAAUGAAUCCGCUGCUUUACAAUAUUACCCAGGUUGUCAUACUGUCUGCUGUUUCUGGUGUUAUCAGUGACUUACUUGGAUUUAAUUUAAAGCUCUGGAAGAUCAAAUCAUGACAAUGUAGAGAAAAAGCCUCAUCCAGUUUUCUGAAACGAGUACUGACUAAGCUGUCUCAAAGCAGUCACUGAAUCUGAGCUUCAGAAGCUACUGUCUCCUUAAAGGAUGUAGCUUAGAAAUUUGAAGUGUUUACAUCUGACUGUCUUGUGCAAUUGUUAUAUUUAUUUUUAUCUUUUCACUGUUUUUACACUUAAGUCUUUAUUUUUUAUUUUCAAACAUUGAUAUAUCUAGUUAUUGAAAGGGUGAUAAAAACUGAUAUCCAUGUACUUGAGAUCCUGGUAAUAGUUCAUAAUCAGUUGCUAACAUCCAGAAUAUAGAAGUCAGUGCUGAGAAUUGUUUCCUCAUAGGUAGAGUGAACUUGCCUUACUUUAGAACAAAAUUCUUUACAUUUAAACGAUUUAUGUUUUUGUAAGCAUAAAACAUAACAUUCUGAUUCAUUCAGAAUAGACUUAAUUGUUGUGAAUAAGAAUCAACUGUAGGUUGACAGAAAUAGCUGAAUGAUUUAUUUAUUGUAUUAGAGCACUUUCUAGAUCCAAUCAGAGUUUUCUCUGUAUUUUACAUUUGGAACGAUGCCAGGAUCUAAACUGAUUAAGCUGCAGUUUAAGCACCCUUCAGUAUUAAUUAAUAUGGUAUUAUAUAAAACAGGUCAACAAGUGCUCUUUGAUGAUAAAACUCUUAAUAGAGCAAUAAUUGUAAAUGGUUACAAUGCCGUAAGGUAUUUUGAUAAAAAUUAACUAGUAAUAAUUGUAUUUAUUUGAAACACUGGGCUGUUUGCACAGCUCCAACUGUGCAUGCUCAAAAUGUGCACUUUUAAAAUUAUUACUUUUAAUGUGUAUCUUUUAUAUGGAAUAUGUUAUAGUGUGCCAGGGGCAUGAUAUGGUAUCCUUUUGAGUGAGGUAUAUAUAUACUCAUCUCACAAGUGAAGUGCCUCUUGAUUUUAUUAAAGUACCUUAUGUUUACUCAAGUAAAAUAGAUUUUUUUCCCCCAUGAUACACUGUAGCAUAUGCCAUUUAUACCACACUCAAGUGAACAAUCUAAGGAUAAAUACUCAUAAAAGAUGUUUUAUAUAUAUGUGUAUAUAUGUCUGUACAUACACAUAUAGAUGCACACAUCUAUUCCUAGAACCAUAUAAAAAUUUAAAAAAUACAGUUUUUUACAAACUCUAUCCUCUAAAUUUCAUAUGAGAUAUACAACUCCCUUUUUCAUUGAUAUAAGGGCUAUUUAGAAAUAUAAUUCUUUUAGAAAAUUGAUUUUUCCACAAGUGUCAAAUCUAGUACUUUAUUUUAUUGUCAUAUUAGGCAGGUGGAGUUAACUUGGUGGUUGUCUUGUUGAAGCUUGAUUUAAGAUUGUUGUAUUUGUAUAAUUAAUUAUGACUAAAUGAAUUUUCUGAAAACUGCACAUUUGCCCUAAACCAGGAAUUGUUUGAAAGAAAUAAAAAUCUUGUUUUAGCCAAGCCCAUCAUGUUAAAUAUAUUCAAACCUUUACAGUUUUUUUUAGGAACUUUAACAUUGUAAUUUAUAAAUUAUUCAUUUGAGACUGAUAUAUUUAGUUCAGUAUUUACCCAAAUCAUAACUUCAUUUCAAGCUAUGUGUAACGAGUAGAACCAUGUAGACAUCUUUUUGUUCUUAUCAUUCCAUACAAUCAGUAGGCUUGGGGGUAAUUUAACCUCAAAUUGUGUGGUAUACACUACUUCUAUGUAAACAACAAGUAAGCAUUUUUAAAAAUUUGCCUGUGUACUAAUAAGUUUAAUAAUGACCAAAGUGCAUUCUGAUUUUUUGAAGGAAUGUAUUACUGGAGCUUUAAGAACAUAUUUAGUUUCUCAUGUGAAAAAUUAGGCUACGUCUGAUGUUUCUUCUGCCUCUGUUGUCUCUUGUUAGAAUUGUUUUUAGGAUUAUAUUUUAUAAACAACUUUUCAAAAAUAAGGUACAAACCUACACAGAACUUACAUUUUGCACAGAAUAUAUUUUGAGAAAAAAAAAAGUACAGCAUGAGUUCUGUUGGAGGUAAAAGUGAGACUUACAUCUCAAAAACAAAACCUUUUAUUUCAGAGUGGAAGUAUUUUUGAGAAACUUAAAUGUUUGAAUAUGCUGAUUUAAGAAAGUCUGUUUUAGAAUUGAAAUUGGGAGAUGAGAUAUUAAGUUCCAUUCAUCUCUCAACAAUUUUUUAUUAAUCUGUUGGAUUAUGUCACUAACAUUGGCAGCAAAAGGGCAAUAAUAUAAUAAUUUGUCAUUUCAAGUAAUUUUAGCCUGUCAUUGAAGCAGGAAAAUUUAAGUUGUUGCCAUUAAAUAUAUCAUUAAUAUAAGAAAAUUGUUACAUAUCCCAUAACAGAAAAAACAGGUUAAAAAUAGAGGUAAGUGAAAAUGUGGCAGAUAUUGUGUGUUAGCUAUCUUUCUUUCUGUUUUCUUUUGUUUGUCAGGUUUUUUUUUUUUUGCCACAUAUAUUGUAACUGAAAGUUUGAGCAAGUUUAAAAUAAAGAAAUCUGUGGCUGAUGGUAUGAAAAAAUGGUAGUAAUUUUUAAAAACUCAUUCUCAACUAGAUUUCUAUGAUUAUGUUGAUGUUAGCUUGGUAAUUGUCAUUAUUGGGACCAAAAGAAGCCCACUUAGAGUGAGAAGAUAUUCUAAGGCCAGGAUCUAAGAAGAUCCUGAGGCCAGAAAAAAAGAGAAUUAAAAGCAACAUUUCUAUGAAAUGAAUGUUGUAAAUAAAAUAAAAAUAAUAGAACUAUAACAGAAGUUGGGAAGGCUUAAAAAUCAGUGAGCACCUGAAAAAGAAAGAGUAAAAGAAUUUUAAAAUUCAGUAAUACAGAAGAAAUAUCAGUAAAGCUAAAAGAAAAGACAAAUAACUGCAAUAAAAUAGGUCUCAUCAGGCUGUUAGAGCAUGGUGAAACAAGGACAUAAAAGCCCCUGCAUACCAUAUUUUAAGAAAGCAAAAUUGACCUGAAUAGCAAAACUAAAAAUUUUAACUUGGCACCGGGCACUAUUUGUUGUCCCAUGGAGUAAUAAGUUGACAUAUUCGUAUGUGAAUUCUAUAUUCUAUAAUUCUUUCUAUUUGUGCUGUAAACAAAACUUGAAGAAAAAAGGAUGUUAAUAGCUAAAACCUGGAUAAUUCCAGGUUCUUGGAGAGGUAAGCAAAGGAAUUAUAAUAAUAAUUUUUUGUAUACUCAAAUGCAGUGAGAAAUGUUUUCAUAGGGCAUAUUGGUUAUAAAAAGUCUGGAUUUGAUAUAUUCUUAUGGAAAUUUAAUAUAAAAUUCUAGAAAUGGCCUCAUGCUGUAGAGCUUUACAUUGUUGCAUCUUAGGAAAUAUUUAUCAAAGAUUCAUUUUAUGAUGCUAAAUAAGUCACAUGGAUUCAAGGAAUAGCACUUUAAGAAUGAAUUCAACUGUCAUAUAAAAAUGUUAGUGUCUUUUGAUGUUUUGUAUUCUAAUAUUUCUGUGUAGGACAUAUUGUUUUGAUUACCAAAUAGAGCAUUUAAAUUUAGAGAUCUAGCAAAUUUCUAGUUAAGCCUUUUGUAUUUCUAUUUAUCUACACUUCUGGAAUCUUAAUAUUUUGCUUCCAUAUAACCUCUAUAAUAGAGGUGGUGCUACCAAGGUGGCACCUGGGGAAAGGUGUGGCCAUUGCUCUCCUCUUCCCAGAUGACCAAAAGUAAUAAUGCCUCCUUAGGAUUCCUGUUCCCUCUUGACCAUAAUCUAUCCACAUGUAUUAUAGAGUAUGAAGACACAGAUAAAUUAAUUCUAUGAAGAACCUGAUAACAACUUCAAAAAGAAAAAAAAAGAAAAAUCAGUACAAAA